AUGUCAGCAUCAGAUCUCAAUAUCAUCACACUACACAUCAGAAAUGACAACAAUGUCAUCACACUGCACAUCAGAAAUGACAACAAUGUCAUCACACUGCACAUCAGAAAUGACAAUAUGACACCUUCAGAUCUCAAUGUCAUCACACUGCAUAUCAGAAAUGACAACAUGUCUGCAUUAGAUUUCAAUGUCAUUACAGUGUGCAUCAGAAAUUACAACAAUGUCAUCACACUGCACAUCAGAAAUGACAAUAUGACAGCUUCAGAUCGCAAUGUCUUCAUACUGCAUAUCAGAAAUGACAAUAUGACAGCUUCAGAUAUCAAUGUCAUCACACUGCACAUCAGAAAUUACAACAAUGUCAUCACACUGCACAUCAGAAAUUACAACAAUGUCAUCACACUGCACAUCAGAAAUGAAAAUAUGACAGCUUCAAAUUGCAAUAUCAUCACACUGUAUAUCAGAAAUGACAACAAUGUCAUCACACUGCACAUCAGAAAUUACAACAAUGUCAUUACACUGCACAUCAGAAAUGAAAAUAUGACAGCUUCAAAUUGCAAUAUCAUCACACUGCAUAUCAGAAAUGACAACAUAUCUGAGUCACAUCUCAAUGUCAUCACACUGCACAUCAGAAAUGACAACAAUGUCAUCACACUGUACAUCAGAAACGAAAAUAUGACAGCUUCAGAUCGCAAUGUCUUCAUACUGCAUAUCAGAAAUGACAAUAUGACAGCUUCAGAUAUCAAUGUCAUCACACUGCACAUCAGAAAUCACAACAAUGUCAUCACACUGCAAAUCAGAAAUUACAACAAUGUCUUCACACUGCACAUCAGAAAUGAAAAUAUGACAGCUUCAAAUUGCAAUAUCAUCACACUGCAUAUCAGAAAUGACAACAUAUCUGAGUCACAUCUCAAUGUCAUCACACUGCACAUCAGAAAUGACAACAAUGUCAUCACAGUGCACAUCAAAAAUGACAAUAUGACAGCUUCAGAUCUUAUUGUCAUCAUACUGCACAUUAGAAAUGACAACAUGUCCACAUCAGAUCUCAACAUCAUCACACUGCACAUCAGAAAUGACAACAAUGUCAUCACACUGCACAUCAGAAAUAACAUCACACUGCACAUCAGAAAUUACAACAUAGCAUCAGAUCUCAAUAUCAUCACACUGCACAUCAGAAAUGAUAACAUGUCAGCUUCAAAUCUCAAUGUCAUCACACUGCACAUCAGAAAUUACACGUGA